CUGGAGUGUGCGUGUAACUGUGUGUUGGUGGCAGUGGCGGUGCGUGGAAUAGUCGAGUGUCGUGUCCCGGGCGCGCGUGUGUGGGUGGAAACCCGCGUCUUGAAAGUAAUAAUAUCGAGAGAGAAAAACAAAUCAGUGGAAUCAAUUAUCAAACACGUGGACAUUAUAGAAGAAAAAAAAACUAACAAAAACUCGCGCCUUGAAACUAAUAUAUCGAGACAAGGAAAGCGAGAGAAAUAAACUAGACCAUCACAACAACAACAACAACAACAACAACAACAAUAGGAACAAUCACAACGGCGCAUCCUCUUCCAGUAAACCCGACAGACAGACAGACAGGUAGACAGGUAACACUACAGGAGGAGACCGAGUACGUGAGAGACAGACAGACAGUUACCAGAAGAUUCAAGUGCGUUAUAGACAGUCAGACAGGUAGCGAGAUAGAUCGAGUGCGUGCGUGAAACAAACAAGCAGACAAACAAACAGGUUGAAGGAGGAGUUCGAGUGCGUGCGUGCGUGCGUGAGACAGACCCAAACAAACAGACGCACAGGGCAAGACAGCGACAAACAGCCCGUGCCACAAGGGCGUAAGGCGCGGCCCUGAGCCAUGACGCCGCUGCCCUGCUGUCACCCUGUUCGCGUGCGGUGUUGCCGGGUGCCGGGCGGCCUCCCCUAGCGGCGCCCCCCCUCCGGAGGCCUCGGGCGCCGCCACCUCGCCGCCAUGAGGUUCAGGAGGAAGAAGAAGAAGAUGGGCGCGGGCGUGCGUGUGGAGGUGGUGCUGCUGGACGCCCGCCGCCUCGAGGUGCACGUGGGGCCGCGGCUGCUGGUCCAGGAGCUGCUGGCCAUGGUCGCGUCUCACUUCACGCUGAGGGAGCACCAGUACUUCUCCCUGGCGCACCUCGACUCAACGGGCCACUACCAAUGGCUGACCCCCGAGCGGCGGGUGGUGGACCACGAGUGCAUCAGGACCCACACCGGCGCCGCACCCCUCACCAUCUACUUCCUCGUCAAGUUCUACAUCGAGUCCAUCCUGCAGCUCCAAGGCUCCCAGACGGUCGAGCUCUUCUACCAGCAGGCCAGGAGUCUCGUCUUUAAGGUAAGUAACGAGGCUGUCCACUACACCUUCGUUAGGGCAGAGAGAAACACCUGCAUUGUCUGGAUACCUGUAUUCAUCUGCAUCGCGACAAUUUACUACACCUUCGUUAGGGCAGAGAGAAACACCUGCAUUGUCUGGAUACCUGUAUUCAUCUGCAUCGCGACAAUUUACUACACCUUCGUUAGGGCAGAGAGAAACACCUGCAAUGCCAACACACCUGAGUUUACCUGCAGCUAGGCAAUACACUACACCUUCAUUAGGAUAGAGACGCCUGUAUUUACCUGCAUCGAUACAACAUACUAUUAAACCUUCGUUAUGGGAAAGAGAAACACCUGUAUUGACACCUUUUGAGACUAAUUAGACGCCCGAGUUAUUAACCUGCAUUGAAACAGUAUAGAACCACGAUCAUGCAGAGAUA